UGUGAUUCGACUUGGGCUUCUUGGCCCAUGCGGUUUGCCGUAGUCGGAAAAAUGGCGACCGUAGCGCUGGUUAGCCGUCCUGCUAGUGUCCUUCCCAGGAUUUCAAGUAGCUGCUCCCCUGCUGUACUGUCGGCUGCCUCCGUCACCAAAGUCCAGCAGAGGAAGCUGCACCAUGCUGUCGUCCCCAAAGGUCAAGGAGGACGCUCCUCCUCCAGUGGAAUAGCGGCAACAGUGUUUGGUGCUACUGGUUUUCUUGGUCGAUACGUGGUCAACAGGCUGGGUCGCAUUGGCUGUCAGAUGGUCGUCCCUCACCGUUGUGAUCAGUAUGACAUCAUGUACUUGAAGCCAAUGGGUGAUCUUGGACAGAUCAUUUUUAUGGAGUGGGAUGCAAGGAACCAAGACUCCAUCAAACGGGCCGUGGAGAACUCCAAUGUUGUCAUCAACCUUGUCGGCAGAGAGUGGGAGACGUGGAACUAUCUCUAUGAGGACGUCUUCGUGACCAUCCCUCAGCAGAUUGCCAAGGCCUCCAGAGAGGCCGGUGUCACAAAGUUGAUCCACAUGUCUCACCUCAACGCUGACAUACGCAGCCGGUCCAAAUACCUGAGGAACAAGGCUGUAGGAGAGACGGCAGUGAGAGAUGAGUUUCCCGAAGCGGUCAUCUUGAAGCCCGCUGAGUUCUUUGGGAGGGAGGACAGAUUCUUCAACUAUUUUGCAAACAUGCGCAGGUUUGGCGGUGCUAUUCCACUCAUAUCCAUGGGAAAGAAGACUGAGAAGCAGCCUGUUCAUGUGGUGGAUGUGGCUAAGGCCAUCGUCAAUGCUGCCAGAGACCCUGAUUCUAAUGGGAAAACAUAUGCAUUAGUUGGGCCCAACCGUUACCUCCUCUAUGACCUGGUGAAGUACAUCUACGGCAUGGCACACAGACCGUUUCUGCCCUACCCCUUGCCCCGCCCGCUCUAUCACCUUGUUGCUCGGUAUUUUGCAAUGAACCCAUUUGAGCCCUGGACAACCGCAGACAAAGUGGACAGGUUUCACACAACAGACAUGAAGUACCCAGGACUUCCUGGUCUGGAGGAUCUUGGCAUCACUCCUUCCACUGUAGAACAAAGGAUAAUUGAGAUUAUGCGUUUCCAUCGUAAAUUCCGUUACCAGGAAACUGACAUAGAUGAGACGAGGCCAGCCAAGACUGUCGACUAUUAAACUUCCAACAACACCAGGGCAGUACCUCUGAUUGUUUGGUCUUUGACAACAUUCUGUACAUAAAUAAAAAAAAGUAUCCUCUUAA